CUGCUGGCUGCGCUCGUCCUUUAGCGAUGGAUAACCCGGAAAAUGUCUUUCAAAUGUUUGAAGCCCAUAUGCAGAGCUACAAGGGCAAUGAUCCACUUGGUGAAUGGGAAAGUUACAUACAAUGGGUAGAAGAGAAUUUUCCUGACAAUAAAGAAUACUUGGUAAUGUUAUUAGAACAUUUAAUGAAGGAAUUUUUAGAUAAGAAGAGAUACCACAGUGACCCAAGAUUCAUCAAUUAUUGUCUAAAAUUUGCUGAGUAUAACAGUGACCUUCAUCAGUUUUUUGAGUUUUUGUACAACCAAGGGAUCGGAACCCAGUCAUCUCCUCUGUACGUAUCCUGGGCGGAGCAUCUGGAAGCCCAGGGACAGCUGCAGCAUGCCAGUGCCAUUUUUCGAAGAGGACUUCAGAACAAUGCUGAACCUAGAGAGCUAUUACAACAGCAGUACAGGUUAUUUCAGUCACGCCUCACUGAAACCCAUUUACCAGCUCAAGCUAGAACCUCAGAACCUUUGCAUAAUGCUCAAAUUUUAAACCAAAUGAUGACAUCAAAAUCAAGUCCCAGAAAGAACUCCGCUAAGAGUCAGAGUUCAGAACUUUCAAGAAUGGUACCUUCAGCUUCUGAUAAAGAAUCAAAUAUGGAACAAAGGGUGAUCAUGAUUUCUAAAUCAGAAUACUCCACACACUCUUCUGUAGCAGCAAAAGCUGAUAUUCAACAAGUUGCUAUGUACUGUAAGGAGAAGCUUAUUUGUGGAGACUCAGAACUUUCCUUCGAAGAACUGAGAGCCCAGAAGUACAACCAACGGAGGAAACAUGAACAAUGGGGAAAUGAAGACAGACAUUUUAUGAAAAGGAAAGAAGCAAAUGCUUUUGAAGAGCAACUGUUAAAACAAAGAAUGGAUGAACUGCAUAGGAAAUUGCAUCAGGUGGUAGAACUGUCCCACGAAGACCUGCCCACUCUCCAGGAAAGCUCUGAGGCUAAUCCAGUACAUACAGGGCGAAGUGUAGGCUCCCAGGAGGAACAGAGAGCUCCGUGUCCUCCAGCCAUCAGUCAACAGACCUCAAAGAACUUGGGAGAGAAACUCAGAGACGUGCCUCCCAUCGUUCCUCUUACGGCAGGUGCUGCUUUGGUGUCCCCAGCCAUCAACCAGAGUGUAGCUCCUCCUGUUUCUGUGACAGCCCAGGCAGUAGCAGGCAACAGAUGUUUGAAUCUAAAUUCUCAUGAUCUCAAGCUACAGAGUGGACCCGAGACAAAGGAAGGAUGUGAAACACAUAAGGUCACUAGCACCAGUUCUUUUCACACUACUCCAAACACAUCACUGGGAAUGGUUCAGGCAACACCAUCCAGAGUGCAGCCAUCACCCACCGUGCACACGAAGGAAGCAUUAGGUUUCAUCAUGAAUAUGUUUCAGGCUCCUACACUUCCUGAUAUUUCUGAUGACAAAGAUGAAUGGCCAUCUCUAGAUCAAAACGAAGAUGCAUUUGAAGCCCAGUUUCAAAAAAAUGCAAAUUCUUCUGGGGCUUGGGGAAUCAAUAAGAUUAUUUCUUUGCCGUCUGGUUUUCCUAUUUUUGAAGAUGGAAACAAAGAAAAUUAUGGAUUACCACAGCCUAAAAAUAAGCCAGUAGGAACCAGGACCUUUGGAGAACGCUCUAUCAGCACAUUUCCUUCAAAACCAAAUGAAGUGCCUCAGCCUCACACUGAAGAGUUUCUGGAUGAUUCAACUGUCUGGGGUAUUCGCUGCAACAAAACCCUGGGACCGAGUCCUAUGAGCAUAGGAGACUUUGCAUCCGCUGCCCAGCUUGCAUCUACACCAUUCCACAAACUUCCAGCAGAUUCAGUACACAUUCUAGAAGAUAAAGAAAAUGUGGCGGCAACACAGUGCACCCCUGUGGCUGUGGAUUCCUGCAAGGAGAACACGGUGGAGCCCUCAAAAGAGAGGAAGUUCAGUCCGAUUCAAGAGGAAAGCCCAGAACAAGCCCUGCUGACAGACAUAGCUUCGGCAUCCUUACCGCACCCAAGCCAGCCUGCUGCAGGCAGUGUGCUCACCCGGGACGCAGUGUGGGGCCUUGAGGCCUGUAAACUCCCGGACUCUGGCCCUGCUAUCGUGGAGGCCCCGCGGGAGGCCAGUGCUGGGUUCCGCACAGAAUGGAUGCAGCCCAUCACAGCUCCAGACUUCGCUGUUGAAAACCCAUGGGAUGAAAAAUUGAUUCUCAAACUUUUAUCUGGGCUUUCUAACCCAGUGAGUUCCUACCCAAAUUCUUUUGAAUGGCAGUGUAAACUCCCAGCCAUCAAGCCCAAGACUGAAUUUUGUUUGGGUUCUUUGCUGGUCUAUGUCAGUCACCUUCUUGGAACAGGUGCCUUUGCGCAAGUCUACGAAGCUACCUGUGGAGAUGUGAAUGAUACCAAGACCAAACAGAAGUGCGUUUUAAAGGUCCAGAAGCCUGCCAGCCCCUGGGAAUUCUACAUUGGGACCCAGCUGAUGGAGAGAUUGAAGCCAACUGCACGACACAUGUUUAUCAAAUUCUAUUCUGCACAUUUAUUUCAGAAUGGCAGCAUUUUAGUAGGCGAUCUCUACAGCUAUGGAACAUUAUUAAAUGCCAUUAACCUCUAUAAAAAUACCCCUGAAAAAGUGAUGCCUCAAGCUCUCGUCAUUGCUUUCGCUAUCAGAAUGCUCUACAUGAUUGAACAAGUCCACAGCUGUGAAAUCAUCCACGGAGACAUUAAGCCAGACAAUUUCAUCCUGGGAAACAGGUUUUUGGAGCAGGAUGAUGAUGAUGAAGAUUUAGCUGCUGGCUUGGCACUGAUUGACCUGGGGCAGAGUAUAGAUAUGAAACUCUUUCCAAAAGGAACUACAUUUACAGCGCGGUGUGAAACAUCUGGUUUUCAGUGUAUUGAGAUGCUCAGUAAUAAACCGUGGAGCUACCAGGUUGAUUACUUUGGGGUUGCUGCAACAGUGUACUGCAUGCUUUUUGGCACUUACAUGAAAGUAAAAAAUGAGGGAGGAGUCUGGAAGCCUGACGGUAUUUUUAGAAGGCUUCCUCAUCUGGAUAUGUGGAAUGAAUUUUUUCAUACUAUGCUGAAUAUUCCAGACUGUCAUCAUCUUCCGUCUUUGGAUUUGUUAAGGCAAAAGCUGAGGAAACUGUUUCAGGAACAGUAUGCAAACAAGAUUAAAACUCUGCGAAACAGGCUAAUUGUACUGCUCUUGGAAUAUAAGCGUUUGAGAAAAUAAAAUGUAGAUGUGGACU